AUGGCCAAUGAGAAACCCAAGGAAGGAGUCAAGACGGAGAACAACGACCAUAUUAAUUUGAAGGUGGCAGGGCAGGAUGGCUCUGUGGUGCAGUUUAAAAUUAAGAGGCAUACACCAUUUAGUAAACUAAUGAAAGCCUAUUGUGAACAACAGGGUUUGUCAAUGAGGCAGAUCAGAUUCCGGUUUGAUGGGCAGCCAAUCAAUGAAACAGACACACCUGCACAGUUGGAAAUGGAGGAUGAAGAUACGAUCGAUGUGUUCCAGCAGCGGACAGGAGGUGUCUAUUAA